AUGAGUGGUGCACCGUUCAUACCGGAGCUGUCGCUCGGUACCGUUGAGACGGGCGGUGGCUGGGGCGUCGGGGAGCAGUUUGCGCGGCUUCCACCGGCGUCCGUGCAGGCGGAGUCUCGGACCCCAGUCUACACGGUGGCCCCAGAUAGUGGCGGCUUCAACGUCCAUGACUCCGACGACGACUCCGCCACCCAGGAGGAGUCGGCGGAGGCCGAGACGAUUGAAGCGGAAGUGGUGCCGACGACACAUUACAGAAGACCGUCCAUGGAAGACGAUAACACAUUUAUAGAUCAUGGUAGCACGGUACCCCCGGCAUCACCGAGUAAAGACCUUUUUGAGAAAUUAGAGAUGAGAGGAGACGGCGGUGAUUAUUCGAAGCGGGGGCCAAACUCCAUACCUUCACUGCAUGUGAAGUUCUUGCGUCCUGUAUCCCGCAUGAUGGUAGGACCGCAGGUGCGGGCGAUGGUAGUUGCGCCUGAUGGUGCGUCCCUAUGGGCUGCCUUUGGGGAUGACCCAGUCACCUUGUUGGACUUUAAGGGAUCGGAGUUAAAUAUUAGUCGAGCGCUGGACGUCACACAGGUGCACUCCAUGACGGUAGUUCGUGUACCGGUGGCGAAGGCAGUGACAUUUAAACCAUCUCGUGGGGCGCAUCGCCCCAGUUACUUUGCUGCGUCAAAACCGCAGGUGGAUGAGGGGGAGGAGGUAGAAACAUAUGCG